AUGGGUAUCUUUACUUUGCAAAAGAUGUUAAAGCAGUCCCUGAUAUCGCUACAAUGCCUUGUCCGUCUGCACGCUUCAUCUUUCAAACUCCCGGUGGCCCUGGGACGUCACUGUGAAACUCGUUUCGCAGCGGAGGAAACCAAGGCACCGGGAGGCGGGAACUCGGAACCCCUACUGUGCUCUCUCUACCAUAAACCCCAGAUCCCUGAACGCGUUCGUCGCUCCCAGGUCCCCAUCUCCCGGAGUCGUGUUCCGCGCGGCACUGACCUGAGCGAGCGCCCCGGGGCCCGGGACCUUGCGCCGGGCUCACACCGAUUAGGCGCGCUCGGGCCGCCAGAGCCUUGCAGCGGCCGGGUCCGCUCCGCAGCCAUGGCGCCUGCAGGGAGAGAAAGACAAACAGACCCGGGCGCGGCGGGUCAGCAGAGGCGCGAGCACCCAGAAGCCCCCUCCCUCCCCGACCCGCCCCGCCUCGUACACAGACCUGGACCCGAGGCCGCUGCUCUCCCGAUCCUCAGCCACACAGGGGAGCGGCUUCCGGUGACAUUCUGCAGACUUCGAACUCACCAGUGGUGUUUUAUUCUGUUUAAUGUCAUCCUAUUUCAUGCUUUGCUUUUUGGGGGUGACUUUGUGGAAGAAUACUUUCUGCAUUCUUUGCCUCAUGUCAAUAUGAAAGUCCUUGAAAUUAAGGAUAAGGCAAGAAAAUUGAACAUGGAACCUCUAAGAAAUCAUCCUUCCAAAUAUUAUGUCCUGAGCCAGUCGGAAGUGUGUAAAGGGAAGAGCAUUUUUUUGCUUUCUCUGAUCUUCAGUAGCCCAGGAAAUGGCACAAGGCGAGACCUCAUCAGGAGAACCUGGGGAAAUGUGAGCAGUGUCCAAGGACACUCCGUGCUCACACUGUUUGCUUUAGGAAUGCCUGUUUUGGUCACUACACAGAAAGAGAUUGACAAAGAGUCACAUAAGAAUAAUGAUAUAGUUGAAGGAAUCUUCUUGGACAGUUUGGAGAACCAAACGCUGAAGAUCAUCAUAAUGACCCAGUGGGCUGUGACUUUCUGCCCUAAUGCCAUGUUUAUUCUCAAGGUCGAUGAAGAGAUGUUUGUCAAUCUACCAAGCUUGGUGGACUAUCUUCUGAAUUUGAAAGAACACCUUGAAGAUGUCUAUGUAGGAAGGGUUAACCAUCAGGAUGCACCCAACAGAGACCCUCAGAGUCAAGAAUUUGUGCCUCUUAGUGAGUAUCCAGAAAAAUACUACCCAGAUUACUGUAGUGGUGAGGCAUUUAUAAUUUCUCAAGAUGUAGCCCGGAUGAUGUAUGUCAUUUUCAAAGAAAUGCCUAUUAUGGUGCCUGCCGAUGUGUUUAUAGGUAUUUGUGCAAAGUCCCUUGGCCUUAAACCUAUUCAUAGUUCAAGAUUUUCUGGGAAAAGACACAUCAGAUAUAAUAGAUGUUGCUAUAAGUUCAUCUUUACAUCUUCACAAACUGCAGAAACAGAAAUGCUCCUAGCAUGGAAGGAAAUCAAUGAUGGGAAAGAAUGUUCCCUGUUUGAGACUUACUAUGGGCUCAUUUCCUGCAAACUUCUGACAUACCUUGACAGCUUUAAACGUUUUCACAUUGGGACCGUAGAAAACAAUGUUAUGUAUUUUGGUGAUUAG